GAGAAGUGGAUCUACAUAUAUAUACAUAGAGAGUGGCUACAAAUUGCUUCAGUUUAAUUACCACCGUCUCCAAUUUUCCGAUGGAUGAAAAAGCAGUCCCACCACCGCACGUGCUGAUCUUCCCUCUACCUCUGCAAGGCCCGGUGAACUCGAUGCUGAAACUCGCCGAGCUUCUCUGUCUGGCAGACCUCCACGUAACGUUCCUCGUCACAGACUACAUCUACGCCCGCCUCCAGCGCCACUCCAACAUCCAAACCCGGUUCAGCUCCUACCCGGGUUUCCAUAUCCGGACCAUCUCUGACGGCUUGCCGGAAAACCACCCCAGGGGCGACAAAUUCUUGGAGCUUUUCGAAUCUUUGAUGACCAAUACCAAACCUUUGUUCAAGGAUAUGCUCAGCAACGGGAGCUUGGGUUCUAGGGUUUCGUGUAUUAUCGCCGAUGGGAUUUUGGGAUUCACUUGUGAUGUGGCCAAUCAAAUUAGGGUUCCGAUUUUCUAUGUUAGGACUAUCAGUGCUGCUUGCCUUUGGGUAUUCUUUCGUCUUCCUGAACUCAUUCAAGCUGGAGAUCUUCCCUUUCAAGGAGAUGACUUGGAUGUUGCGGUAAAGAGUGUACCUGGCAUGGAAAGAUACCUCCGGCGCAGAGAUCUUCCAAGUUUUUGUCGAUCUGCGGAUAUAUCCGACCCAAUCAUCGAAAUGUACAAGGCCGAAAGCACAGAAAACGCACGUGCCUAUGGUCUCAUACUCAACACAUUCGAAGAUCUCGAAGGACCAAUUCUGAACGAGAUGCGUACUAUCUGCCCAAACAUCUACACCAUCGGCCCGCUCCACGCGCAUCUCAAAGCCCAACUAGCUGCAAAUUCUACCUCAGCACCGCCCGCAUUUUCCAACAGCCUAUGGGAGGAAGACAGAACCUGCAUGACAUGGCUCGAUUCUCAACCGCCCAAGUCAGUGAUCUACGUUAGCUUCGGAAGCUUAGCUGUGAUGACAAACGAUCAGCUAAUGGAGUUUUGGUACGGUUUGGUGAACAGCGGUCAGAAAUUUUUGUGGGUCAUACGGCCCGAUUCGAUAUCCGGGUAUGAAAUUCCGGUGGAGCUUUCGCAAGGUACGAGAGAGAGGGGGUACAUUGUGGGGUGGGCCCCACAAGAGGAGGUAUUGGCACAUCGGGCUGUGGGUGGUUUCUUGACACAUAGUGGGUGGAACUCGACUUUGGAGAGCGUGUACGAAGGUGUGCCGAUGAUUUGCUGGCCUUAUUUUAUGGACCAGCAGGUUAAUAGCAGGUUGGUUGAGGAGGAAUGGAAGCUUGGAUUGGACAUGAAAGACACUUGUGAUAGAAGUUUGAUUGAGAAGACAAUCAAGAAUCUUAUGGAGGUGAGGAAAGACGAGUUUCUGCUUAGGGCUGAUGACAUGGCGAAAUCGGCUAAAACAAGCUUGACCGAAGGCGGAUCGUCUUUUAGUAACUUGAAGCGUCUGAUUGACGACAUAAAAUCGUUGAGUGCCAGUUGAUCUUUCGUUUCUGGAGUCCCUGUUUGUGUUUGGUGUGAGUAAAGAUUCGAUUUUUAAAUAAUAUAAUUGAGGUUUCAAUACUUGAUAUAGUGUUUUAUUCGAUACAAUUUUAGCAGCAAAUGUGAGUUCGGAAUGAAGAAAUGUAAUCAACUAAGCAGUCAAGUGACUGGUUUGAAGAACCGCCUGAGCUGAAGCCAGCAUCUAUCUUGAAUAUAGGUUUCAAUAGAAAGAAAAUAGGGUAAAUUACACCCA